UUCCGGCUGCCUCCUCCUCCUCCUAAAGUCGUCCACUCUCCAUCCUCAUCCAUCCAUCAUCAUCGACUCGUCCUACCGGCACCACGUCUCGAGUCCACCGCACCAGAUGCCCGAUUCAGCCUUUUGCAGCCUUCCCGCAGCGACGAUGGCUGGUGGUGUGACGGCAUUCCCGGCGGUUUUUGUACUGCUGGCGCUCGUCCUCGUGUCGAGCGUGCCGUCCACCACGCUGGACUUUGGGCAAGUUCCUACGGCCACCUACGUGACCGACACCAGUUACGACGCCGGCGCCAUCGGAACGCUCUUCUUGAUGAUGCACAAGUUUCUGGACCUCGUUCAGCCGAAUUCAUUUCCUCACGAGCUACUCGCCAAAGCUAUGAAGCAAGGUUUUGGAGUCGUAAACAAGGACUAUCGCCAGAUCAUCCGCUAUGAGCUCGGCUUUAUCGUGUGCGCGGCUUUGGGCGUCGCCUUCCUGCUGCUGCUCCCGCUGGCGGGCUGCUGCAUGUGCCGCCGCCGCCGCUGCUGCGGGAACCGCCGCGGAGAGAUGCUUCGGAGGCCACGGAAGAACGACGACUGCAAACGCAGCUGCCACGGCGCCUCGCUCCUCCUCGUCACGCUCGCCGUCGAGGCGGGCAUUGUGUGUGCCUACGUGGCCAACAACAAUGUGACCAACAAUAUCCGGCAGUCGGAGACCCUGCUGUCGAGCAACUUGAAGGACGUCCGGACCCUGCCUCAACACUACGCCCCGU